AUGGCCAUGGUGGUAAAGGCCGCCGCCCUCCUCCUGGCGCUGCCGGGCACGGUCGGCGCCUCGACCCACUGCCCGUGUGGGUCCACGCGCCAGUUGACCGACGCGUGCAGAGCUUGCCUCACGUCGCGCUGCAACGCGGGUGGCAACGGCAUCAGGAGCCACUGCAGAGGAGAAGCGUGGUGCGACGCUUCGGCAGCCGGUUUCGUUGACAACUGCAUGCUCUACACAACGGCAGUGCCGCAAUUGCGCUCCACGCUCUUCUGCGGGUCCAGCUCCAGUUACUGCGGCCAGGCCUGCAUGGGGCAGCCCACUGGCUGCACCCUGAAGUGCACUCAGGCCUAUUACCAGGCCAGGGCCGCCUGCGCCGACUUCCCGUGGCCGGAGCCCAUCGAGCGCGCCCACCCCUGCUGGGCCGGCGCAUCCUGGAAAGCUUCCUGGCACUGCCGCAUCUGCCUGGUGCAUAUCUGGGACAUCGCGCCCAGCGUCCUCGAGGCUCUGAUGGGGCACGCCUGGAGGCUCUAUGCUCAGAGGGGCGUUCCGCUCAAGGACGCCGACCUCGCCCACCGCAGCAUUCGCGCCCUCGUCGAUUGGUUCGCAAGCCUCGAACCCGACUUGCUAACGGACGACGUCCUGUCGGACGGGGAGAUAGGCCCCGGGGCGAUGGUGCCGAGCCCGGCGGUGCCGAGCCGACCUCUGGCGCCCGAGGCGCCGGACAGGCCUGGCGCCGCGGCCGCGGCCGCGCUGGCUGCCCCAGGCGCUGGCGUGUGGGCGCACCGCCCCUGCCCAGGUGCUGCGGCGGGCUCUCAGGCUGUCCCGGCGGCCUGGCGAGGGGCGGCUGCCGGCUGGUCGCCCGUGCGCGUGCUGGCCCCGGCGGCUGCGGUGGUGGCCCCCGUGCCUUGCAGCGCUGGGCUUGCGGCGCUGCCCGCCUCGCCAGCGCAAAGGCGGCAGACACAGGGGUCUGACGCGACCACGGUGGCGACCUUGCCGGCAACGCCGCCCUCGGAGCACCGCCCAGCGCAGACGCCCGGCCUGGCUACAGCGUUCGUCCAGUGUGCCUCACCGCUCCCGCCCCCGGUGCAGCUACGCACUACGCAGAUCUCUGCAGCGACCGCCCCGCCCACGCCCCCGGUGCAGCUACGCACUGCGCAGAUCUCUGCAGCGACCGCCCCGCCCACGCCGACGGUGCAGCUGCGCACUGCGCAGAGCUCUGCAGCGACCGCCCCGCCCACGCCCCCGGUGCAGCUACGCACUGCGCAGAUCUCUGCAGCGACCGCCUCUGCCGCGCCGUCGUCAACAGCCGUGUUGAGAGCCUUGCCAGCCCAAUGCGGCACGACAGCAGCGCCCCCCGUGGCGAAUGUGGCGACUUCUGCAGCGCUGGCCGUCGUGCAGGCCACUCCUGCGGCGCAGCGGCAGUUGCAGCAGCUGCAGCGGUCGUCGCUUGCGCUGCCCAGACAGCCACCAUUGCCGCACCCGCUGGUGGAAGAGCAGCCCCCCGCAGCGCAGACAGCAGAAGGUGCUGCCGACGGGACAGGGCCGCCCUCGCCGCCAGCCUUGCCCGGGGCGGCAUUUUCGGAACUGGUCGACCCGAAAGCCACCCCUGCUGGGCCGUUCUCGCCGCCUGCGCACCCUGGCGCAGUCCGGGCGGAGCCGACCGCGCUUGCAGCUGUGCCUGCUGGGCCGCCCUCGCCGCCUGCGCAGACUCGUGCAGUCUGGGGAGAGCCGACCGCGGUGGCAGCUGUACGGGCCGGGCUGCCCCCGCCAGGCGCGUGGGGCCUGCGCCCAGCCGUGCCGUGGCAGCUGGCGCCGGGCCCGCCGCAGUGGCACCUGCCGCCCAGAUGUCAGCCGCCGCCGUUUCCGCAGACCGAAGCCGAGCAGCCACCGCGCCACAGCUCCCAGUCGUCCAGGGAGUCACCCGCGCCAGCCGCCGCUGAGUCGCCCUUUGCUCGAGGGUCGAGGCCUGCGGGGCGCACGCGCAAGGGUUCUGCGCCUGCGGCUGACUCGCUUGGCUGGUCGGAGCGUCCGAGUUCCCGAGGCCCCGGCAGGACCACCCCGGCGUUCGGCGACUCUUCGGCAGCGUCGCACCGCUCCGUGCCCCGCUCGGCGCGGUUGUCGCGGGUGUUCUCCGAGGCCUCCGUGCUCCCGGAUGGUGUGAGUGGCACAAGAGCUCCGAGGCUUUCCAGAAGUAGUAGCAGCGCUGGCGCCGGUCCAGGAAGUGAUCCCGUCUGCUUUGCCGACCUGGAGAUCUCUGGGUCCAUGGGUGACCUGCAGCAGCAGAUGCGCCAGCUGCACCGCCGCAGCGUCGGCCUCGAGGACGCCCUGCGCGCCUCGCGCUCGCGGGGCGCGGCGGCUGAGGCGGAGAACGCGGAGCUGCGCCAGCUGCUGCGGGGGCUGCACGACAGGGUGCAGUCCCUCGAGGGCCAGGUCGCGGACCGCCCCGCCGGGCCGCGCCCCCGAACGCCGGCGGGCGGCGCUUCGCUGGGAGGCACGAUGGGCGUCGACCUGGAUGCCGAGCUGGCACUGAGGCGCCGAAGCAGGUUCCGGUCGCUGAGCCCCCGGGCCACCAGCGGCUCCGGCGCCGCGGCUCCGCGGGCCCGCGGCGGAAUUCCGCCGGGCCGCGCAGGCCGAGCCGGCGACAGGGAGCCGUGGCUGUAGGCCUCGGCGUACCCUCCGCCGGGAAGCCGCCGGCAUCGGCCGCCGCGGAGACGCCGCCGGCUGGAGGCCGCCAGCGCACGGUACAGCCCAGCAGCUCGGCAGCUGCCAGCCACCGGUUUGCCCUGGCGUCUGACGCAUCCGGCUUGUGCAUGGGCAGCGUGGC